CGCAUAUUCUCCCAUAUUCCAUAUUCUUGCUAUGUGUCCUACUUUGCAAUAUUACCACUCAAUUCACUCCAAUCAUCCUCCCACUCUCCAGACCUAACCAUCUCGACACCCUCACCAAUUGAUCCUCCCAACAGACCCAUACUCAGUGACAGACACAGAAACUCCACCCCACCUCCACCAAGAAAAAGGGAAAAAGCAUUAUGCCCCUCUACGCCUUCGGCUCCAACGGCUCCGGCCAACUCGGCCUCUCGCACACAGAAGACGUCUCCAUCCCAACGAAAUGUCUCUUCGACGAUGAGCAAUACCCCUCCACCGCCUCCUCAUCAAACACACCAACGAUAUCCCGCAUCGCAGCCGGCGGAAACCACACCCUUGUUUUGUUCUCUGAUGGAAGGGUAUAUGCGGCGGGGUGUAAUGAGGAUGGGCGGUGCGGGGGUAGAUUACCUUCGGGGAGUGGACAUGGAGAUGGGGAGGUGGUGAGGUUUCGGCGGGUUGUUGUUGUUAAUACUUCCUAUGGUGAUGGUGAUGGUGAUGUGGGUGAUGUGGGAGAGGAGAGGUUUACAGACGUGUCAGCUACAUGGGAAGCGACGUUCCUGGUAUCCGGGAGGAAAGUGUAUGUCCUAGGAACUGGGGGAAGGGGGGAAUUGGGGGUUGGGGAGGGGAAGACCUGUGUGGAAGAGGGGGUUGGAUGCAUUGAGUUCGAGGAGAAAGUCAUCAGUAUAGCGAGUGGGAUGGGACAUACGGUUGUUGUGUUGGAGGGAGGUCAGGUGUAUGGGUGGGGAGGGGGGAGGAAAGGUCAGUUAGGUGCUAAGGGGAAAGAAAUCAAGGUUGCGUGGGAACCUGUUAGGAUUGAUGAGGAGGAGAUAGGGUUCCGGGCGACGGGGGCAGCGUGUGGGAGGGAGUUUACGGUUGUGGUUGGGGAUAGAGAGAAGGGGGAGUUUGUUGUGCUGGGGUCGCCUGGGGAUAAGUGGGGGGUUAUGUCUGGGCGGAAGGAGCCUGUGGGCUGUUUUCAGGGUAUACAGACGAGUUGGCAUGGGGUUUAUGUACAUUGUUCUGAUGGGAGGGUUGUGUGUUGGGGGAGGGAUGAUCGGGGGCAGUUGCCGCCGGGGGAGAUGGGGGUGGUGAAGGGGUUGGCUGUGGGGAGUGAGCAUGUGCUUGGUCUUGUGGAUGGGAGGACAGUGGUGGCUUGUGGUUGGGGAGAGCAUGGUAAUUGUGGUCCUGAGACGGAUGCGCAGGGGAAUGUGAAGGGGGUGUGUUGCCAGAUUCCUUUGCCGGAUGGGGUCGGGGAGGUUGUUGGGCUCGGUGCGGGUUGUGCCACGAGUUGGGUGAUUACUCGGGACUGAGGUAGAGGUACUCAUGCUGAGGGAGGUUCUCUUCAUGGUCUGGUGUAGGGUGACUGUUCAGUCGAAGAGACCAAGGCCGUGCAGCUACGGGUUGUCAGCACGAUCAAUAGAUGCGAGCGCGUUCGACUUACCUGGGACAUGCGCUGAGUGGGCGGGAUGCCCAUCUCUUCCUCCUCAUGGCUCGUCUGUGCCAUUCGGGGUU